GCGAAAACAGCAUAACAUAGAGGAAAACAUCCACCUCCCACGAAAACCACCAGCACGCUGCACGCUGCACGCCGCCGCGCCGCACUUCUCCCCAUCCGGCGCCUUCUCUAUCCUCGCCGCUGAAGACGUCGUGCCGUGCGUAGCUAGCAGUGCUGACGCGCGCUCGUCGAAUAAGGAUUGGAUUUGGCUUUUCGUCCCCCCACCGCCUCCUCCGGUCCUUCCCCUGCCACUCCCUAUUCUCCUCGUCCGAAGCGGCAAGCUCAAGCUCAGGAGCUCGCAACCGAGAUCUAUCUUGCUUUCGCAGGAGUACCAAUUUCUCUAGGGAUUUGGCGUAUCCACCAGGGAGCAGGAAUAGGGUGAGGCUUCCUGAUGGCGGGGGCGAAAGCGGAUGUAGACGCGGAAACAGGAGACGGCGGCUCCUUCAGCGAGCAGAGGCUGAUUGAUAAGCUCAAAAGGCUCAACAACUCAGCCGCUAGCAUCCAGACUCUUUCGCGUUGGUGCAUUUUUCACCGCAAGAAGGCCAAAAGGGUUGUAGACACAUGGGAAAAACAGUUUACUAGUGCAAGGGAGGAUAAGAAAAUAUCAUUCCUAUAUCUAUCAAAUGAUAUCCUGCAAAACAGUAAACGCAAGGGAGCAGACUAUGUGGAUGAGUUCUGGAGGGUUCUACCUAGAUCCCUGAAGCAUGUCUAUGAAAAAGGAGGAGGAGAAGGGAAGAAUCAGGUGGCGAGAUUGAUAUCAAUCUGGGAUGACCGUAAAGUUUUUGGGACCCGUAUUGAAAGUAUGAAAAAUGGCAUUCUUGGUGACAACCCUCCUAUAUUGGAUAACAAUGGGAAUAGUUUAAAUCCUAGCUCUAAUCCCACUUCAAAUUCUAAAGCUGCACGGAAGGAUUCUGGUACAAUAGUAAAAAAACUCACUGUUGGUGGUAUGCCUGAAAAGAUCGUGUCUGCAUACCAAUUAGUGCUUGAUCAGCAUUUUGAUGAAGACACUGCUUUAAACAAAUGUAAGACUACUUUGGGCCUUUUGGAGAGGAUAAAUAAAGAUAUUAAUGAUUCUAUCAUCAACGGUAAUCAGCCAGCAUUGUCAUUGAUCUCUGACCUUCAAGAACAGGAAAUGACCCUUAAACAUUGUAUCAAACAACUCGAAAGUGUAGAUAUGGCGAGGAUAUCCCUGGUCAAUCAAUUGAAAGAAGCUCUCAACGAACAGGAGUCGAAAUCAUUAGUUCUUCGCGAUCAAUUGCAAGUUGCUCAAACAGAGGCUCAACGUGUCAUCCAACUUAGGAAACAACUGGGGGGUGCCCUUGUCACGAGCGUCACACAUUCUACUUCUAGUCCGCUCAUGAUUACUCCACCAGAACAAACUUCGGCUAUAAUGCAGGGUUCAGAAGUAAGAUCGACACAUCCCCAGUCACAACCACUGAAUCCUGCAGCUUCGCUUCCCCCUACAGUCAGUGCAGUGGGUGAUGAGUCCAAGAGAACGGCGGCAGCUAUGGCGGAUAAGCUUGCAUCUUUGUCAGCACCUGUGCAGGUGCUGACCUCCAUUCUCUCAUCUUUUGCUGCUGAGCAAGCUGCUUCCAUAAAUGGUGGAUCAUCUUCUGGGGAAUUCUCUGGAGGACCACCAGGUUUCCACAUUGAUAAGAGGCCUAGGCUUGAGAAAACAGGUCAGGCCUCUGACAUGGGUGCUCCUCCUCCCUUUUUUGGGCAAGCGGCACAGGUGCAACAACAGAUUGGAGGCACGCAUCCACCAGCUCCAGCUCCAGGCUCAUUCCCACCACCUCCACCGCCAUUGCCGUCUCUACUGCCACCGCUCCUGCAACAGUUCGGUCAAAAUACUGGAGGGAUGAUUGGAAUGGGAGGACCUUUCGGGAUGAUGGCUGGAUCUAUGCCACCUCCGCCUCCAUUGUCCAACAUUCUGCCGGCAGGUUUUCCGCGACCAAGUGGGCCACCUCCUCCACCUCCACUUCCACCAGCUCAGAGCCAGCCCCAGCAGCAGUCUCCUCAGGCGGCACAGCAAUCACCAACAUCAACUGGAUUCUUUCAGUCAUCGGGCAUGGGGUUCUUUCCGCCUGCGCAGGUGCAGCAAUCUCCAUCUGCCCAACGCCAGUGACUCAACGGUGGCUCUGGCAUUCAUGGGCGUAAAGGCAGCGGCGCCCUUGUGUGUUAACUUUGUACACUGAACAAUAUUUCACUCUGUGUCGAGCUUAAACGUGGCUGGCUGGUCCUGCAAGCGAGGCAGGGCCAAUGGCCACGAAUUAGAGAGAUUGUAGAAUAGGCAUGCGUCCUCUGCUAUGUAUAACUAUUCACUUUUUUUUGUUUUGUUUUGUUUGUCUGAGUAGUUUUAACUUUUCCUUUUUCCCGUUUGCAUUGAUCCCCCGAGGCAGAAGAAAGUGACUUUGGAAAGAAAAAAAAAACUGGUGUUUGCCCAACUGAUGGAAACAGUUUUAGGACUGAAACAGCUGUGGAACUACCGGUCAUAGUCUCAGAUAUGAUAAUGAACUGCAAAUAUUUCC